UGGAGGGCCUCUCUCUUCUCCUUUAUUUCCUCUCCUCCGUAGCAAUCCUUGCAGGCAUCUUUCCUGAUGGUUCGUCAUAGAUCUUAAUAUUUCUAUCUUUCUUUGUUGCCACCAUCUCCAUAGCUUUGUGCAAAAGCUAUCUUCCGCACCCCUCCCCCUGGUUCUCUCCUCUUUCGGUUGAUGAUUCUGAUUUCUCAAAUCAAAGAAAGUGAAAAUCUAGACUUUAUCCCCACUGCUUUGAUUCCUCCUCUGCUCUAUUUCUCCUGCAAAUCCCACAUCUUUCCCUUGCAGAGCCCCUCUCUCUUUGUCCUGGGUGUGGCUUUGAGUUCUUGAGAUUCACAUGCCAAAUCCUUUCAGCUCCCCCAGCAAAUUAGGUGUUCUUGAUCAAGAAAUCUAUCUUCAUGCCCAUCACCCUCUUCUUGAUGUUUGAGACCCAUGUCUCCAAUUCUCAGUGAGAUCCUUCUCUGUGGGUAUAUAAUCUCCUCUUCGUUCAGGCGCAGGACCCACCUUGUUCAAUCCUUCUCAGUUGCCUUCCUCUACUGGCUCUACUAUGUCUCAUGAUUCAACCCUCAAUUCCUGCUAAUAUAUGUAAUAGCUGCUCCAUCUGAAUAUUUCUGAAGCUAAGUGUCAUCUGGGUCUUGCUCUAGUUUCAUAUUCUCCCCCACUUAAUUGCUCUGGAAAAGAGAGAAAAAGAAAAUCUGCAGAAAGCACAAGAAUUUCACAAAAGUCUGUAGUUUGUAUCUGCAUCAAUGGCAUCUCCUAGCAGGACAUCUUCAGGGUCGUCCCUGGUUCAGAACUCGGCCUCCGAGGAGGAAUUGCGGGUUGUGGUGGACCAGAGGAAGAGGAAGAGGAUGAUCUCGAACCGCGAGUCGGCGCGGCGGUCCCGGAUGAGGAAGCAGAAGCACCUGGACGAUCUGAGGGCUCAGGUGGCUCAGCUGAGCGAGGAGAACCACCAGAUCGGGACCAACAUCAACAUCACCACGCAGCAUUACUCGGGCAUUCAGGCUGAGAACUCCGUGCUGAGAGCCCAGGUGGGCGAGCUCAGCAACAGGUUGGAGUCGCUGAACGAGAUCAUCAAUUUCUUGAACACGAGCAAUGGAGUCUUUGGAUCUGGGGUUGCCUACAGCGGCCCAAUGGAGCCUGUUGAUGAGUUCUUGAACUUGAACCCAUUCGGUCUUGGCUAUAGCAAUCAAGCCAUCAUGGCUUCUUCAGAGAUGUUUCAGUGCUGAUUUUGUCUGUGUGCAGGAAGGAAAUGAGUGUUUUUUGGGGGGUUAUUUUGGUUUUGGGUGAUAAUGUAUGUUUUAGUAUAUUGUAAUGCAAGUGUUUCUCUCAAUUAUAUAAUUAUUUUGUCUCUACUGUGUUGAUCAUACAUAAGUGAGUUUAUAAUCCAUGGGAUGGAAUUAUAGAU